UGUGCCAUGAUUCUGCUUCUCGAUUUGCCCCAAAAAUCAUAGCAACAAAUAAGCAAUAACGCAACGGGAUCAACAGCAGCACCGACAGAGGCAGAGCGUCGACGUUUGUGUUGUCGACAGGAAAAAGUCAACACCUUAUAAGAUGUCCAACUUGAACUUCUAUGAACUGCUCAAUGCGAGCGCAACGGCAACAUUUGAAGAGCUUAAGCGCAAUUAUAAGCAAUUAAUACUACAAUGUCAUCCCGAUAAAUUACAACAGCAACAACAACAAGACCAGGCAGUAACUGUAAACGCGAUUGAGAGCGACCCAAAUCGGGAGAGCGACAGCAAUUUCAAUGCGAUAAACGAGGCCUGGAAUACGCUUAAAGAUCCCACAAAGCGUAAACAAUAUGAUGCCGAAUUAUUGUUGACAAAAUUUGAAACACACAGCAAUAUCUAUGCCAGCAUUACGUUAAGCGACAUGCACAGAACUCGAAUUGAAAUGAUGGAAGAGGAGGAGGGCAGCGAGCUGAGUGCAACCGACACAGACAAAGAGACGACAACAUGGAGCUGGGCCUAUGCGUACAAUUGUCGCUGCGGCGGACAAUACUUGUUGGAUGAUGAGUCACAAAGAGAGCAGCUGAGGGCAAGUGAAAUGAUUGUCGAGUGCAAUGAAUGUUCUCUAGUGAUAAUUGUGAAACCAGACGCAAAUGUAACAUAAAUGGAAUGUUUUCAAAAUAAA